CAGCUGUAAUUACUCUGUUAUUAAAUAUUUAUUUUUCUCUUUCAUCUCAUUUUUUGGGAUCUGUUUCUCUUUCUUCUUCAUCUCAUUUUCUUCUCUUUUUUCUUCCCCGACGGCGUCUGUUACUUUUCAUCUCAAAAGUUGAUCAAAUCCGCUUGGAUCAACAAAGAACCACUCCGACCAAGGUGCAACCCGCGACCCCAGAUCCGCGUCUGCGGCGAAAUCGCCCGCGUUUUCAAACGCCGCUCCUCUCCCGUCUUCUCACACGGUGGGUUUCCGCUCCGGCCGGACCGCCCGGGAUCUCACCGUUCCCGGCCGAGAUUGAUAGCUCUGGUAUUUUGUUUUUUUUUUAUGCAACAGAACCUUCUUCCUUUGUAAUUUGUGACAACUAUCCUCACGCCUCUGCUUUGUAAUAACUGAGCAAGUAACUAAGAAAGAUUGGACAUGGCAACUAGACGUGCUCGUUACACGCCUCUUGCCACGGAUGAGGAUGAUUAUACUGGUGACCAAAAUAGAGCAUUUGACCCUCGAUUUGAUUACACGCCAAGAUCCUUGGACAGAGUUCCCUGGAAAUCUAUUGCCCUUGCACUCUUUCUGUUGUUUCUUGGUACCGGACUUCUGUUUCUUUCCUAUUUUAUUUUCACCGGUCAUAUGGGGGGAGAACGGUCUCAAGCUUAUGGCCUUUUAGCAUUAGGAUUUCUCAGCUUUCUUCCAGGGUUUUAUGAGACUCGUCUUGCAUAUUAUUCAUGGAGGGGUGCCAAAGGAUUUCGCUUUUCUGAGAUCCCCGAUUACUAGAGCAGUUGAGUUAUACCCUCCAAACUCUCAGUCAAGUUCAGAUCUCAGUGCGACUUGUUUUUAUGUUUUACAUAGAUUAAAGUAAACUGUAGAAUGGGGUUAGAAAAACAGUCUUAAAAUAUAGUUUGAAAUUGUUGCAUUAUGCAUUAUAUUUUGUUUCUUAAACUGAGCCUAUUUUAAUUAUGUGGAAUCAAACACUAACUGAAGUUUGCUGUGCCAUGGUUUGUCAAGGAUGUAAAUAUGGAUUCCAGUUUGUCAAAUUACAUUUGAUUGAACCUCGUAUUGUAAAGUUAAGUUUGAUUGAAAUAAGUUUGCUUCAA